AUGAAUUCUAUUGGAGCACAAACCGAAGGACGAUUUGUGGUUUUGCUGGAAUAUGCACCUACUCACGUAUUAAUUAAUUAUAAGAAUCAAUACGAACACGAAGAACAGGUGCUCACGGAACUGGCUGAACGUGGUGUUGAAUUAACAUCAGAAGAAGAAGAGCGCGCAAAUUUUUUAACAGCAGCGCUUCACCAAAUUAGGUCAUUUUAUCAGAAACGUAAUGAAGGCAUUUCUGAUCAAAAUUGUCCAGCAGCUGACAUUGAUUUACGUAAUGGUAGAAUUGAAGAUGAAGAAAAUGUUUAUGAUGAUCGAAAUCUUUAUCUACAAGAAAAACGAUAUUUUGAUGAAGUUCCAUCAUCAACAACAAAAGAAUGCAAUUAUUCAAGCGAACGUGUAACUGCAGUAUCACCAUCAACUGAUCCUUCAAGUGCAGCACCACCCGUAGCUUCAUCACUUUUAUCCUAUCAAGAAUCUAAAUCGGCUAGUGCAUGGAUUGACUCACCAGUAUUUUUAAUGAAAGCAUCAACAAUAAAUCCAGCUAAAUCUCCUGUAUCCCUUACAGAUGGUUUUGCUUCAACAAAUGUUUCAUUUCUAUAUUAG